UCGAUCUAACAAUACCAUAAAACUAAUUCUGAGAAUCUUUGAACUUAUGGCUUUUAAUAAAAGCCCAUAACAAGCCCAAUAACAACUUGAGAAUCCUGUCCUCUCCGCCGCUGAAGCAACUCCGUUUCAACGCUUCUUACUCUUCCGCUUCUUCACAUUCUUUCUUGUCCCCAACCAUGUCUCCAUGGAACCCUCCAACCCCUCGUCUCCUCCUCAAAAACGUCUCCUGCAUGAGAAACGCCCAGCAGAUCCUCCGACACGUCAACGUAUCCCUCCACGACGGCGGCGCGCUCGUCCUAACCGGAACCAACGGAUCCGGCAAAUCAACCUUCCUGAGAAUGCUCGCCGGGUUCUCAAAGCCCUCCGCGGGGGAAAUCCUCUGGAACGGCCACGACAUCACGCAAUCAGGGAUCUUCCAGCAGUACAAACUCCAGCUCAACUGGAUCUCUCUGAAAGACGCAAUCAAGGAGAGGUUCACGGUCCUCGACAACGUCCAGUGGUUCGAGCUCCUCGAGAACAAGAUCGGGAAAGCGCAGCCGGCGCUGGAGCUGAUGGGGCUAGGGAGGCUGGUGAAGGAGAAGUCGAGGAUGCUGUCGAUGGGCCAGAGGAAGAGGCUGCAGCUCGCGAGGCUGUUGGCGAUUGAUAGGCCCAUUUGGCUUUUGGAUGAGCCCUCCGUUGCGUUGGAUGAUGAAGGGGUUAGGUUGCUUGAGUAUGUUAUCGGGGAGCAUAGGAAGAAAGGUGGGAUUGUGAUUGUUGCGACUCAUCUUCCGAUUGAGAUUGAAGAUGCUAUGAUCUUGAGGCUCCCUCCUAGGUUUCCUAGGAAGAUGACUUUGAUUGAUAUGCUUGAUCGUGCUGACAUUUCUUAGCCUUAGAUGCUAUGGGAUUGUUUUUUGUUUUUUGUUUGUACUUGUGUAAUGGAAUCAAAUAAUGGAUUUGGGACGAGUUAAACGUAUACGUUUGGACA